AUGGCAGCUCCUGCGGACCCCCUCAAGAGCGCUUCCCGCCCCGGCGCCGCCCAAUCGUCGUCACCAUCAUCAUCAUCGUCGCCGUCGUCGCCAUCGCCGCGCCAGAAUCCCAUUCAACAAGUCCUCUCGUUACCGCCGACAUGGCUGCACAUGUAUAGCGAUUUCAUCACCAAGAAUGCGCAUUCCGUCUCACAGAUUGAAAGCGCGUUGCGCUCCCUCACGUACAUAAUUCCCGGUCGCUUCCGCGAUGCCGAAAUCGCUUCAGAGUCGAUCCACUCUGGCGUGCAGCUGCUCUCGCUAUAUCACGAUGACGUGCUGCUUCGCGCCGUCUCCAAGAUCCCCGGCCUGGCGUCGCGUAUACCGAGUCCACAUGCGCGAUACACCCGGUUCUGGACUGCCAAGAGUCGCAUCUACCGCAGGAUAGCGCUGCUUCUUCAAACUGUACAGUACACGGAGUUAUUAUGGGAGAUGGCGGCAAAGCGACGGGGAAAUAAAGUUCGCUGGCGAGUCGUUAUCCUGUUAGAAGUCAUCAAGGCUGUUUGCAAGCUACUCCUUCUGAGAGUCACAAAUUCGCGACCCAUCGUGACGCCAGUCCUUCCCGAACGAGAACCGCUACCGGAACAAGAAGAUGCGCAGAGCAACGAGGACGCGCUGAAGGAGCUGAUGGGCGAGGAAGUCGAAGAGAGCCCAAUGAAUCUCAAUGGAACCGCAAAGUCAGCCCACGAAAAGGAAUGGUCCAUGCCGCGGACUGGCAGUAAUCUGCCGAGUCUGCCGAGCCCCAACGACAUCAGCUCCUAUCUUCUCAGCAAAGUGCUUACUGCAGAUGAUAUUAAACCCGCUGCUCGGCUCCUCAACUCGCUGCAGGGAUCUGCGCAGGCUGCCGAAGUGCUACACAUACUAGCUCCCCUCAUAUAUGCUGUGGCACUGUCUAGAAGUAAGGACAAGAAGUCGUGGACCCCAUGGCUCAUUGGCCUGAGCAUCGAGUACGCUGCUCGGCAAGUCCGAGACAGGAGUUUCAGGGCGACAGCACUGGAGCGCGAGGAAUGGGGCAAGCGAGCGUGGGCCAUGGGAUGGUGGGUGAUGAGAGGUCCUGCAUAUGAAAACGUCACCAAGGGAUUUAUCUCUGGUGUGACCAAGCGUAUGCCCAGCUUCGUAGGAAGCAUCAUCGAAGAUUAUGAAUAUCUUUGGGAGAACUACUACUUUAGCACAAGUGGCUAG